AUGUGCUCAGCUUCUGCAGGUGGCGUUGUUCAGUGUCCUGAGCAGCCGGAGAAACCGUCGGCAGAUGCGCAAGCAUUGUUAAGGCAAAAUCAGCCGCAGCGUCAAAGGCAGGAACAGCAUCUUACUGCUCCCCUGCUGUCGUUCAGUCGCGUGAGCUCAACGAUUCCGCUACAUACCAACUUGCUCUCAUUUAUUUCUCGAAAUCCGGUAUCAAUACCUGCACCCAUCCAGAUUGUGCAGAUCGAUAUUACUUUCGGCAUAUCAAUUCUGGAAUUAGUCAACCUUCGUUUUUUAUUUAUUGAUGUUUUGAUUUCGCUUCUGGAUGCUGAGCAACACACCGAAUAA